UUUGAAACCUUGUAAAUACGACGUACUAGAAUAAACGUCCUCGUCUAUUUAUUAUCCAGCCAAAAGAAAUAACAUAAGAAAUGUUUAACGUGAGCAAUACCACCGAUGAAAGAGAAGUUGAAGAUUGCCUCAGAAGUUACAUUGUGACGAGACCGACAACGUCUUAUAUCGUUAACAGUGCGAUCCGUUGUGUUGUGAAUCUCAUUAUUUUCUUUGCUGGUUCAUUUCUCAACGCUCUUGUUGUUUACGUGUUCUGGAAAACACCAAGAUUACGACAAAAAGUUUCCUACUUUAUGAUCAUGCUCUUGUCGUCGAUUGAUUUCUUGGUUACCCUGAUUGUUCUUCCGGCAAACUUGGCAAUGACGAUUGCAGAAAUGGUUGGAAAAGGUACAUGUAUUUACAAGUUGGUUUAUUAUGCACCCAUCGUUCUUUUAGUUGGAAUGUCUGUCCUGGUUUUCUUUGUGAUGAAUAUUGAACGUUACUUAUCCAUCGUUCAUCCGAUAUUUCAUCUGCGACAUGUCACAAAGCUGCGAUGUCUCGUAGUUUGCAUCAUGCUCUGGUGUUUGGCAAUCUUCUGUGUUCUAGUUGUUUAUUUGCUACGCUCAAAAACUCAAUGGGUUAUGACAGUUGUACUUUUGAUAGUAAUCCUUGGAACAUGUUAUAUUUAUAUUGCAAUAUUUUAUAUCGCGAAGAAAAAAAAGCUGAAUAUUCGAAAGAACAAGACAAAGCAGGAAAAAACCUCAAAUACACUCACUACCAGUGAUUCCAGAAACAUGGAUUGUGUAAAUUCCGUAACUGAAACACGUUCAAUGGAGAACCUUGAUAACAUUGAGAGACAAGAUCAUUCAGGUACCGCUACUAACAACCAGAAAGAUGAUCAAGAAGGAGAAAAUUCAGAGAAGUCAAGCAAAACAGUAUCAUUCCUUCAUGAUUUACAACUUGCAAAGAUGUACUUUUUGGUUGUGCUUUGUACCUUUGCCUUAAAUCUUCCGGACGCAAUAUUUCUCGCAGUAUUUCAUGAUAAUCCUAAGACGAUCAAUAGCUUCAUACAAGGUAAACAAUGGUCAGUUACUCUCCUACUAUUCAACUCUACGGCCAAUUGUUUGAUCUUUUUCUGGGCAAAUAAGAGGUUGAGGAAAGAAGGAUGGAAAGUUUGCAAACGUAUUUGCAGACGUUGACCAAUAUACCUGACGCUCGUACCUGCUGGAUGUUUGUUAAAAUUAAGAUAUUGUGCCGAAACAGCCUAUAAUUAGUAGCUUGAAUUACCCGACCGACAUAGUCCUUAAUAACGUUUCACGAUAAGUUAACUACAGUCAAUAUAUACACUGGUACUGAGGGAAAUGUGCACUGUUACUCUUAUAAUUCCUUAUAUAAUAAUAACUGAUAAUUCAAGUAUUUAAAUAUGUAGUGGAAAUAUGUCAGUAAAUCAGUAAUUCAAAUAUUUCAAGAUGUCGCACCAGGAUGAUGCAUGGACAGCACAGAAAGUGUCGUCAAUUUAUCCUAACCGCGUAUGUAAAAGAUGCAAUGUUGAUCGAAUGUAUGUGUUUUGAUAUACAAAUUUAUUGAAUUAAGCUUAUAUCUAUUGUGCAUGUACUCUUUAAUAAAUCACGAGACUGUGAAAUAUAUACAUGCAUAUAUGACCGCGCGUAUAUAGAAAGCAAAAUAACGGAAGUUAAAUUCAAAGCAAAAUAAAGGAAGUUAAAUUCAUAGAGUUGGCGGAAGCACUACUGAUCGAGCACAUAUAAGCGAAACAAAACGAACUGAAAAUUUGAAGAAGACGUUGUGAAAACCUACAGCAUAUCUCACAUAACCAUUAUUCACA